AUGAGCCUAGCAGGUGCUGUGAGCCAUAAGCUCUCUCAGGUCACAGUAGAAGUCUCCAAGGUUGCCCUCUCAGAAGGCAAGAGGCACAGAAGAGAAGCAGAGAGGGCAGCUGCUGUUGGGCAGUUCCUCCUCUUCCACAGGCUUCGGAGUCCUACUGUGUCUAGACAUGAGGUCAUGGCAUCCUUCAAGAUCGAGGCUGUCAUCAGAGAGACACACCGCAUGGCAGAGAGCCCUGUGUGGGAAGAGGAGACGGGACAGCUGGUCUAUGUGGACAUCAAUGCCCAGACUGUGUGUCGCUGGGACCCCUGCACCAGGGAGGUGCAGAAAGUUGGCCUGAAUGACCGCGUUGGCUGUGUGGCCCUGCGUGGGAAGGGGACCUAUGUGGUGGCCGUCGGCACCUGCCUGGGCUUCCUGGACUGGGAGACACAGGAGGUGGAGUGGACGGCCUGGCUGGACCAGGACAAGCCUCACAACAGGUUCAACGAUGGCAAGGUGGACCCCGCUGGACGGUUUGUGGCAGGCACCAUGCCAGAGGAAUCAGCCCCUGGGGUGUGGGAGCCAGGCCAAGGAUCCCUGUACACACUCUACACUGACCACUCAGUGGUCAGAUACCUGCAUGGACUGGGCAUUCCCAAUGGACUGGACUGGUCCCUGGACCACAGAACCUUCUACCACAUUGACAGCCUGGACCGAUGCGUGAGAGCCUAUGACUACCAGAUGGAAACAGGAGAAAUUGCCAAACCAAAGCUACUGUACCAACUACCAAAGGAGCAGGGUAUGCCGGAUGGAAUGUGCGUGGACAACAUGGGCAAACUCUGGAUAGCCUGCAUUGAUGGAAGCCAGAUCAUCCGUCUGGACCCAGAGACAGGGACUCGCCUGUUAACCGUGAAGUUGCCUGUGUCCAGGGUUACAUCCUGCUGCUUCGGGGGUCCCAACUACUCGGACCUGUACGUGACAUCUGCAUCCGAUGGCCUCAGCCCACAGCAAUGGUCCCAGGAGCAUGAGGCAGGACAUAUCUUCAAGGUCACAGGCCUUGGAGCUACAGGAAUUGCAUCUCGACCCUUCUUAGGCUGA